AAGCCCAACCCAAUAUAAAUUGACAAAUUUCGUUUAGGCCCAUUAUCGUCGUACCCUACCCGAGAUAUGAUCCAUGACCCGCUACAUUGUAAGGAUAUUUGAAGCCGUUUGAUAUAAGCCAAACAUAGAAGAUCCAACGGCCGUUAAAAUCAAACAUUUUACGAAGUAAGCUCACAAGCACAAGUCGCAACACACUCUUCUCUUCAUCUCCGUCGCUUGAUGGAAGCAGCAGCCAUGGUCAACACCGUGCGGGUCGCCACGGCGCAGAUGACCUCCGUCAACGACCUCUCCGCCAACUUCGCCACCUGCUCUCGCCUUGUGAAGGAAGCAGUCACCGCCGGCGCCAAGUUGCUCUGUUUCCCGGAGAAUUUCUCCUACGUCGGCUCGAAAUCCGGCGACAGCCUCACGAUCUGCGAGCCACUAGACGGUCCGAUCAUGGAGAAGUACCGCUCACUAGCUAGGGAUUCAAGUAUCUGGCUGUCGCUUGGCGGAUUUCAGGAGAAAGGAUCGGACGAUUCGCAUCUGCGCAACACGCACGUGAUAAUCGACGACGCCGGGAACAUCAGGAGCAAGUACAGUAAGAUGCAUUUGUUUGACGUCGACGUUCCCGGCGGCGCGGUGUACAAGGAGGGCAGUUUUACAGAAGCGGGAGAAGAAAUCGUCGCCGUCGAUAGUCCGUUCGGGAAAUUAGGUUUAACAGUCUGCUACGAUUUGCGGUUUCCGGAGAUCUACCAGCAGCUGAGAUUCCACCGCGGCGCGGAGGUGUUGUUGGUGCCGGCGGCGUUCACUAAACCUACGGGGCACGCGCAUUGGGAGAUUCUGCUCCGCGCACGGGCAAUCGAGACUCAGUGCUACGUGAUAGCGGCAGCGCAGGCUGGGAUCCACAGUGAUGAGAGAGAGAGUUACGGUGAUAGUAUGAUUAUUGAUCCUUGGGGUACGGUUGUUGGCCGGCUGCCUGAUCGGCUGUCCACUGGAAUUGCUGUUGCGGAUAUUGAUUUUGCGGCGAUUGAUUCGAUUAGGAAGAAGAUGCCGAUCGAUCGGCACCGAAAGCCGAGUGAGUUCUGGAGAUCGGCGGCUUCUUUGUGAGUUCGAAGAAGCAGCUCUGCUUUCCUGUACAGUAUCUCCUUCCCAGCGUCGCCUUUUUCAUGCUGCCGCAUUUGUAUUUAUAUACUGUGCUUGAAUUUAUGCUACUGCUGAACAUGAUGAUAACAUUCUCUCGUAACAUUUUCAUUAAUAUUUGCUCAUUCAGGCCA